CGGUUGAAAUGAUAAAACAAGUCCCCUCCGUGAACAGGGUCCGUUACCGACUGGUUCCGUCGAGGAUCAAGGAGGAUGAUUUCUGGCAGAGAUACUUCUAUGCUAUUCUACUGAUAUAUCGCGAAGAGACAUCCUGGGAUGAUUGGAACCAUAUUGACUCGAGUGCUCCUAGGAAGGAUUUGAACCCGGGACCUCGAUCUGACGACCAUGCUGAAACCGAUAGGCACCCA